CCGAUAUUCAGCGGCGUAACGGCAGUCGAGUUUUCGCAUGACUUCACGACCUCUGAACUCACUGAGCUUCAAAAGACACUGAAGAAAGGCUGGUACAAUCAUCUUGGAAAAUGAAUGAAAAAAUUGAUAACAACAGUGGGCAAGACUUUUUGCAAGAGGCUCUUCCAGUCAUCCAGAAUGAAAUACCGGUAAUCACCUCACUACCAGAGAGCCAGGAUGAAAUGAUUAAUUCAUUUGUUGCCAAUGAUUCACAGUCUGUCUAUGAUGACAAUAUUAUUUCCAGUUCAUCACUACAGAUAAAUGAAAUGGAUAUAGAAUACUAUGUUGUUGACGAAACAAUUGAUAACAAUAGUGGACAAGACUUUUCCCAAGAGGUUCCUCCAGUCAUCCAGAAUGAAAUACCGGUAAUCACCCCAGUACCAGAGAGCCACGAUGAAAUGAUUAAUCCAUUUGUUGCCAAUGAUUCACAGUCUGUCCAUGAUGUAAAUAUUUUCAGUUCACCACUACAGUUAAAUGAAAUGGAUAUAGAAUACUAUGUUGUUGCUGAGGAAUAUGGAGAUAUUGACUCAGAAGCGCAAUCACUGACAUUCACAGUAUUAACAACAAAUAGCAACUUACAGCCAGCCCAUGAAGGAAGUAUUCACAGUGUUUCACAGACAAAUGAAAUGGAUAUUUCUGUUGCUGCAGAGUGUGAAGGUGAAAACAUUGUUGAUGAUUAAUCACAAUCACCAGCUAACAUUAGAAGGAAGAAGGAUGGGCAGUUCUCAAGAAAAAGGGAGGCGGAAAAAUACCAGAAAAGGAACGCUGGCAAGUCAUAC